CAAACCCAUACCCGCGUAUUAAAUACCCGACCCGAUCAUAACAUCCAAAAAAUUCUCUCUGGAGUUUCCGAAUCAGAAUCUGAGAAACCUUGGCAGCGAGUUCUCGAAGACAUCCGCAGCGAGAUGAGAUCAAACAUUGUGUCAGAGGCAGGGCUGCCAACUAGGAUAAAUCAAUGGUGGGAAGGCAUUCCUUUCGUUACAUCGGCGAUAGUGAUUGUUUGUGGAAUCAUUUACUUGGUCUGUUUGUUCGUUGGGUAUGACUCCUUUGUUGAAGUAUGCUUCUUGCCUUCGGCUGUUGUUUCACACUUUCAGGUUUACAGGGCUUACACUGCAAUUGUUUUUCAUGGUUCUUUACUACAUGUUCUCUUCAACAUGUUGGCACUGGUUCCCAUGGGCUCUGAGCUGGAAAGAAUUAUGGGUUCCAUCCGCUUGUUCUACAUAACAAUUCUACUGGCCACAAGCAAUGCCAUACUUCAUCUUCUUAUGGCGUUAGUGGUAGCUCAUAAUCCAUUUAGUCCUGAUCAGUCUCUCAUGAAUCAAUGUUCAAUAGGUUUCUCAGGGAUCCUGUUCUCUAUGAUUGUGAUAGAGACAAGUCUUAGCGGAGCCCAAUCUCGGAGUGUCUUUGGACUGUUUAACGUGCCUGCAAAAUGGUACGUAUGGAUAUUGUUAGUGGUGUUUCAGCUUCUUAUGACAAAUGUCUCAUUACUUGGCCACUUAUGUGGUAUUUUGUCGGGAUAUGCAUAUACUUUUGGGCUGUUUAAUGUCUUGAUUCCUGGGCCGUCCUUCUAUUCAUCCAUUGAAUCGUCCUCUUGGCUUUCUACCUGUGUGAGGAGACCUAAAUUUAUAAUGUGCACGGGCAGCAAUACUUCUGGCCACAUUCCCACAUAUACAAAUGAAACCACCACUUCAAGUGGAUUAUUUUCUGGAAAUAUGUUGAGGAAUUUGUCUUCUUGGAUGCCACAAAGAGAAAGUCCUGUUCAGACUGGACCAAACAGUGAUAGGUUUCCCGGGAGAGGAAGGACACUUGGUUCUGGUGCAAAUCAAGCAGCUCCAACUGCAAUAUCUGAUUCUGGUUUACAGACUAGACUUCUUGAUGAUGUUGACAACCUGGAUCAGGCAUCACAUCCGGCAACAAUUGGGGGAGGGCAGCGUAUCUUGGAUGGGAGUCUGAUUGAUGGUUUCAUACGUAGUUUACUUCUGCUUUUCAGACCGCCUGUACAAAAUAGUGCACUGGCCCCUACCAGAAUGCAAAGCAAUCAGGGUGCCGUUGCAUCUGAAGAUGAAGUUAAGAAACUUGUCGCAAUGGGUUUUGAUAAGACACAGGUAGAAGUAGCAAUAGCAGCUGCUGACGGAGAUCUAAACGUUGCAGUGGAAAUACUUAUGAGCCAGCAGGGAUAGACGACAAAAAUUACUCGCCAGAGCACUCCAAAUCCAAAACUCCAGCGUGAGAAGAAUUUCUGACAACUGUGUUGUAUACUUGGAAGGUAGUUGCCUGAGAGUUGUAUAUACUUCAAACACAACCACCUAACACUACAUGUACUGUGCUCUUUUCCCCGUCAUUUAUGUAGAGGGUUGACUUGUAAAAGUCAAAAUCUCUAUGAUAUAGAAAGCAGAAUAUCCAUCUGUCGAUGAUAAAAUGGAAUUUUUUAGGCGAAAAUAGAGAAAACCAAUUCUAACCAUCUCCUGUAUUUUACUGUAGAUAUUAUACUUGUGCAAAUUUUCUUC